AUGGCGGACAAAAUUCUCAGCAAGAAUGACAACAAACUUGCUUCUUUGACUCUGGAUCGCAAUAUACCUACUCCGAAGGAAAUUCCGCAAGAACACUCGUAUCUCAGGAGGGUAGGAAGACCAUUGCGGCACGUUAAGUACAUUCCUACCAAAUCGCUGAUCUUCUAUUCUGUGAACAAGCCACCUCAGUUCUCUUAUGAAAAAAAGAUCAAAACUCCCAUUGCGAAAGAUCGACUAGUUGUUCAAGUAACCAAUGUGGGGCUCAACCCGGUGGAUUUGACCAUCAUGAACAGUUACACGAAACACAUGAACCGCGAAAUUGGUAUCGGUAGAGAAUAUAGUGGUGUUGUGAGUGAAGUUGGAUCAAAUAUCUCGCAACAAUGGCGUCAGGGCGACGAAGUGUACGGGAUUUUUUUCCAUCCAAAUCUAGGCGAUGGUGCUGCGCAAAGCUCCAUUCUGGUCAAUCCUUCUCAAGACGUGAUCAUCCCCAAGCCUGCGAAUUUAACGUUCCAGCAGGCCUCAGGAACCCUUUUCACACUGGGCGCGGCUUUCAAUGUUCUUGACAAGCUUGAGUCCAAGGGACAGCUUAACGAAAGCUCAAAUAUCCUGAUCAAUGGAGGAACCACGAGCGUUGGAAUGUUUGCCAUUCAGCUUCUCAAGUACCAUUACCGCGUCCCCAAAAAACUAGUCGUCACGGCGUCGGAAUUUGGUGCUACUCUGCUGAAAUCGCAUUUUCCUGACCUCUGCGACGAGAUGGUUUUCGUCAACUAUGUCACCAACGCGCGUCAUUUGGCCAAACCUUUAGAGGAUAUGAUCAAUAACAGGGAAGUGAUAAGCUACGACGCUCAGACCGGACAGCCAAUCUCUACUCCCUAUGAUCAAGGAAAAUUCAACCUGAUACUCGACUUUGUCGGGGGCUAUCAAUUGAUCAAUCACUCAGCUACUCUGCUGGCCAAGAAUGGAGCGUAUGUCACAACCGUCGGUGAUUACGUUCACGACUACAAAAAGGACAUUUUCAACGCUUGGAACAAUCCAAGCGCCAAUGCCAGAAAAAUGUUUGGCAGGCUGUUGUGGACUUUUGAUUAUUCACAUUUCUAUUUUGACCCAAACGCAAAGUAUGCAUCGGGUAACGACUGGGUAAAUAAGUGCGCCGAGCUUGUGGAAAAUGAGGUAGUCAAAUGCGUCAUAGACAAAGUUUACGAUUGGAAGCAGUUUAGCGAUGCAUUGGCAUACCUCCGUGCUGGCCACGCGCAUGGAAAAGUCAUUCUCAAAGUUGAGAAGUUUUAA